UAUCCCCAUGAACAUCCAAAGCAAGCAUAGCAGAGAAAAACCCACUUCCAUUAAUGGGUUGCUGAAUUCCCGAGUCUAUACAGUUCCCUUUUACAUAUUUGCGUACCAUCAUCUCUCCAUUCAAAUCUUAGUCUGGUGGCUUUAGAUGGGAAACAUUAUUCGCAGAGUUGGUCUUCUCAGUACUGUUGGCGCUGGAGAGGAUGAACCUUUCCAUUAUCAGCUAGGAAGAAAAGUCUUCGUUGACUUGACAGAAAGAAAGUUUGAGCAAAACCGUAGUGGAAAGUUGAUUACGAAGUGGAUCAUGUCAUACACCGUAGAUGUUUCAACUUGUAGCUUCACUCUAUCGAUAAGCAAGGAGGAUGGAGUUGCCAAGGGUUUACUGUUACAACUCCUCAAUGUAAUACCGGAUGGAAUUGGACAAUUUUCAAAUUACAAGUUUGAUUUGGAUGUACAAACAGUCACCGAAUCAGAUGCUCUGGCAAAUCCCAACUUUAAUUUCAGUAGCUAUGAUGGAACGACUACAACAACUAUAAAAACUAUUGAGUAUGGCAAGCAGAUUCAUGGAGGCAGCGUUACGACCACAUAUGUUUUUUUGUUUGGGAGUGUAGACAGAGGGUGUCUUGUUGUUCUGGAAAAUAAGAGAAAGAUUGAGGAAGAAGGACCUUAUGCAGUGACUCUGGCACACUAUAUUAUUACCAGUGCUGGUAUUAAUCAUUAUUCUGGAACUAGAUUAGAUGUUGGUCUUUCUGUAGUAGUAAAGAUUGGAGCUUCCAAUGGGAAUUUGGAUAUAACGGUGGAGGGCCCUGACCAACACCCUCCUCAUGGAUUACGUUACCUGUUUGGUGAAGCCCUUAGAACCAGGAUGUGGAAGCCUAGCAUGUGUCCUCAUUGUUAUCAUAAAUUGAGGGGUAAAAUGUUUUGGCAGUCUGACAGUGAAGACAGUGAUAGUGUUUCCAUUCCACUGCCACGUGCCACUCCGAGAAAUGCAAGAGGGGUCUCCAAUGGUGGAAGGUUCAAGGGAAAUGGUAAUGGUAAUAUCUAUGAAGGCAAUGUUAUGGUUUUCAAAAGAAGAUGAUAACAGUUAUUCAACUCAAGACAAGACAAGACAAUCUUGGGAGAAGAUUUGUGUUUUCUUUUUGUUAGCGGACAAGAAUUUGUCUCUGGUUCGAUAUUAUGUAGAAUCCAAAUGUAACCUGCUUGCUCUUUUUAUUUUCUUUCUGAAUAAUAAAUUUCCGUGUUGUGUAUGA